GGCGGAGCUCCGGAUCUGUUGCAGAGUACUUUGCUAACACCGUGUGGUUCAAAUCAUAGUUUGUGACCGACUCAGUCAUUUUUACAAGGUGUCAUUUGACUGAAAUCUCCUUCAUGCAGGCACUGUAGUGAAGUUAGCAGAGAAACGCUGUGCAGAGCCAAACGUGCUCGGUUUCCAAACGCGCUUGUGCAUUAACCGAGUCGUUUUCAGGAAGAAGACUUGGCUCUCAAAGUUGCUCAGAAAUCACAAAUUCUGGUCAAUAUUUACAAAAGCAGGUUAGUGAUUAACUGUCCUCGGUUUGCAAGCAGCUGCACACAGUCCCAGCACACAGGCAGCGAGCAGCUUUGGGUCACUGUGUCCGCUUCACAAUGCUGUGCGCCCGGGCAUGGAGAAGUCUGAGCCCCCUGUUCAGAAAGGCUCACCUACCAGCAUGGAAACAAACUCAAAGCUACACAGCAGCUGCCAGGCUGGACCUCAGCGGGAUUUAUCCGCCCAUUGCUACUCCGUUUACCGCCAAGGAGGAGGUGGACUACCAGAAGCUGGAGGAAAACCUGCAGAAAUAUGCAAAGAUACCAUUCAAAGGUCUGGUGGUUCAGGGCUCCAAUGGUGAGUAUCCAUACCUGACAGAGGAAGAACGGGUGGAGGUGGUGAGGACGGUCAGGGGGUCGCUGCCAGCGGACAAACUGGUGAUGGCUGGAUCAGGCUGUGAAUCCACGAGUGCCACCAUCCAGCUCACAGAGAAGAUGGCGGCAGCUGGAGCUGAUACUGUCCUCGUGGUAACGCCCUGCUUCUACAAGGGCAAGAUGGACAGCCGUGCUCUGAUCCAGCACUUCACAAAGGUUGCGGACAACAGCCCCGUACCAGUGGUUCUGUACAGCGUGCCGGCCAAUACAGGCCUUGAGCUGCCACUGGACGCAGUUGUACACUUGUCUCAACACCCAAACAUCCUUGGCCUUAAAGACAGCGGAGGAGACAUCACACGUAUCGGCCUGAUUGUUCACAAAACCACAACACAGGACUUCCAGGUGUUGGCGGGCUCAGCUGGGUUUCUCAUGGCUGCUUAUUGUGUUGGUGCGGUUGGCGGAGUGUGUGCUCUGGCUAACGUGCUUGGCCGGGAGCUGUGUGAGUUAGAGCGUCUGUGUUUGUCCGGUCUCUGGGAGGAAGCCAGAGUCCUGCAGCAGCGUCUCAUCGAGCCCAACACCGCCGUGACCAGGAAGUUGGGUGUUCCCGCCCUCAAGCAGGCGAUGGAGUGGUUCGGAUUCCACGGCGGUGCCUGUCGAUCGCCUCUCCAGUCGCUCACAGAGGCAGAGACUCAGCAGCUGAGGCGAGACUUCUCCUCCAAUGGCUGGCUGUGAGGUGACCCGGCAGAGCGUAUGUGUGUGACUUUACCUGGAAACCUUUUAGCUGUUCAGUCCUUAAACCUGUCAGAGCGAUGUGGCACAAAGUGUCAACACAACAAGAAAAUGAACGUAUUGCUGCCUCACAACCCUCCAUAAAAAUAUCUAAAUCUUAAUGAACCAAUUCAGUUUAGAGCAAAUGCGGAGCACCAGCGCAGUGCAGAAUAUAAUUAUAUAAUAUAACAACAACAUAAUUUAUUCAUGUAAUUUGAAGCGAUGGUUGUAAUUUAGAUCCUUGGUUUACUAAGAAAAGAUAAAAACCUUUUUACAGGCUGGAUGAUGAAUCAAUCAUUGUGGAUCAGAAAACUUUCAUAUAGGUCAUAUCAUACUGGCUAUUGGCUGCUAAUGGGCCACUGAUUAAAAAAACAAACAAACAUAAAAUCCAUCUGCUGGAAACUACAAUCUGAAAAAUAAACAAACAAAUACCGUCAUACCAACAAGUCGCUUCUCUGCUGCACCUCAGUAUUACAGAUAUAACAAUG